GAGAACGGUCACGUUUCGAGUGAAGUGAGCUUUUAUGUUUUUGAUUUCAUAUCAACAUAAACAGAGUGUGUGCGGUAUUGGUGGGAAGUUCGAAGGACUAUCACCGGCUAUUAGCGGGAAACAAAUCAACAACCCUGCUAAAAGGGUUUUUUUUCGGAGAGCUUAUUAGUGGCAGUGACUAGGAAGUUUGCGCGUCGGCCAAUUAUCCUACUCAUUAUUAUGGGUGUACCUCCUCGGUGUGGAUAGGAAAAUACAGAAAUGGUUAAAAACACCUGACUCAUGGGGAUUGUGCUUCUAAAUUUCAAAUUUUAACACACAAACACGCACAUGUUGCGCCAAACUAGUUAUUAUGGUGAAUUUGAUGACCUACUGGUUGCCCCAGAGCAGCCACUGUUGAAAAGCCGUGCCGGUACGGAUCUACACUACGGUAGCGGUGACGAGGAAGAACGGAAAAAGCCGUUGAAGAUUGGAGAAGAGGCAGCAACAGCAGCAGCUGGUCAAGUGGUUACUGUUUGGGCGCUAACGGCAGACCGGAUUCGGAUGUGUUCAGCUGUGCGUGUUUCGGUUGUGUACAAAUUUUGACAGCGCCGUCGAAGCCAGUCAAUGUGUAACGUGUCCGAGACGUAAAAGGCGGGAAGUGAUCCCAAGUGCCCAUCGAGCCACGUCGAGUGCCGAACGGUGAAGAUUGUGCGUGUAACUCGAGCUCCAGGAGUCGUACCGAGUGGCCACCGAGCGAUGAAAUAAAGUGCCUAUUCGAUAAGUCAAGCCAUUCGAACGGUGGAACGUGAGCUGUGAAUGUUUUCGGAAUUUCGGCACGCCAUCCAGUGAAUGAAUUUACAACUGCGACGCACGUCGCCACCGAUCGAUCGCAACUUUCACGAAAAGGGGUUUUCGGUUUUACAAGCGUGUGUCAACCUACCCUGAUGGUGGUGGCUCGUUCGUUUUGAAUGAAUAAAUAAUUAAACACGAGUGGAAAUCGAACCUUGUCGAAGCUAUUACCUUUACAAAUCAGUGGAAUCAACCGAGCAGACGUGUGGUGAAGAAGACGAAGGGUGCUUUCAAAAUUGGUGGAAAGUGUUUUGGUUGUCGAGUCGACGAUCGGUAAACAGCCUUACUUUACGAGUUUGUUCCGUGAGCGGAAGGUACGAUAAUCAUGUGACAAAUAAAUUAAGUUGGCCGUUUCGCUAAAUUGAUUUUGUAACAAACUUUGACUCUCCGAGGACCGACCACCGGUAAGGGUAUCCGUGGAACGCCACCAACAGUCAGUUAGAGUGCCUUUCAAUAGCCAAACGAAAAAUCACGUGAACCAGUGGUUAAGUUCGACGAACGAAGAACAGCGAGGAUUCAGAUGCUGAGGGGUGGUAAAUAAUCGUUGUGAUCGCUGGAACCAGUAGCAGCCUAAAGGUUCCCUAGAGGAACCGAUUGCGGUACUGCAAGCAGCCUAGACUAUUUGGACGCCACCUGCUAUACCGGAGGAGGACGAGUAGACGAGCGAGGAGGCAACAUCGAAGUUAUAGCGGUGCAAUUUCAACUCGUUGGUGAAUCAACAUGUAUUUAGUUCAGACUAUACAGACGGCAUCGCCCUGGAGGCCCCAGUUGCCACUACCGAAGGACAUAACCUUGCAUGUGCAGCAGCAGCAACAGAAACAGAGCAUGGAUAAGUCGUCCUCGAAGAAGGACAAAGACAAGAAAUGGUCACUUGGGAAUCUGUUCCGUCGGAAGCAGAAGAAGGAGCUGGACUAUGAGUCCAGCUCGGAGGAGGAUCGGAAGGCAGGCUUUCUGCCGGUGAAGCAAAACCGAACCCAAGCGGUCGGACAGAGUGGCACCCUGAACGGGAAGCAGCGCAAAAAGCGAUCGAGCAAACAUCACGGCGGGUUCGAUCACAUCGUAGUCAGUCAGAACCAUUUGAAUAGUUAUGGGUUUAAGGAAAGUGAUAGUGUGAAUUCUAUUGAUAAGUAUGUAGUUUCUAUGGGCUCUCUAGAUAGGAGAGCACGGCGGGAUGUAGGUAAAAUUAAAGAUGGCAAGGAGUCUUCCAGUGAUGAGGAAUCGCACAGAUCGUCGUCAAUGUCUAGGUUUAGGAGUGACGAUAGUUUAGGGAAUCAUAGCGGAUGUUCGAACCGAAGAUCCAGAACGGCUAGAACGGAACGAUAUCUGAAGAGAAUGUCUAAGGACGGAGAAGGAAGUCCGGUUAGCCGAUGGCAUACGCAGCCCAUCUCUCCGAGCAUGCUUCAUGGCAGCAUACAGUCCGUAGAUAACGUUCACCGCCGAGGGUACUCUGCAGGCGCUCACCCGAGUCUGAGAAAUUCUUCUAGUCUUACCAAUGUGCCUCAUUUAUUUCACCCUCCGAAUCCGUACGCCCAACCACAACAAAUCUACCAGAUCAACCCAUCGGCUACCUAUGAAAACAGUUUCUACAUUCAAAGCAAGGCGAACUCCAUACGUGACGCCGUUCGAAGUCCACCACCGGUGCCACCACGUGAUCCGCAACGACGACUGACUAUUGGUCAUCCUCAGGAUGCUCGGCCAAUAUCAUAUGCGUUUGAUCGAUCGCAAAUGACAGGAGCUCAUCCCAAUAGUGGCAACAUUUGGCAACCGAAUGGAAAAUGCAUUAGCGAUGAUCGUCUUUGGGGUCCCAAUGCUGUUCAUCAGCAGACGCCUACUCCUCCCAAUUUUAUCAAUCCUCAUGUCACAAUUUCCCCGAGGCCAUCUUCCGUUCAACCGGAACCGGUUCAGAAACGAUACAUCUCGCGGCAUCCUCAACAAUCCAACCCUUCCCCAAAUCAGGGAUAUAUUGCAAUACAACAUCCGCACCAUCACCAUCAUAUUCAUCGCCACAAUCAGCUGCAGCAAUUAUCACCUCAACCACAAUCGGACGCUUUCGCGCAACAACCGAAACGACCGGCCGAAUACCGGUACGUAACGGACGUAACGCCUCGAUCGCGAAAACCGAUUCAAAUUCAAGAUCGCACAUUCGAAUCAUUCGAACCUGCACAACAGCGCGUCCAGAAAACACCUCCACAAACCACUCCACCGGAGCCCAGUCCGACGGUUUACAUUCGUACACGACCGCUCAAAGGAGGAGAUCCGGAAGAGCCCGCCACACCGAAGACGCCCCAGCAAUCGGCUUCGGCAUUCUGGCGCAAAAUAGAAGAGGAACAGAACUCAAUCAAUCGGCACAGCCGAGCGAUCGAUCGCAAGCAGCAAAUGACGGGUGGAACCUCCCGCUCGGUUUCUUCGUCCCGUGCUCUGGAGCUCAUGAACCGUAAAAACCACGAAUUGACGAAAGAACUAAGCAAUCUGCUUGACGGUGGUAAGCAGGUCGAUCAAGAGAGUACCUCCGGAGGCCGUCUUUAUCUACGACAAGCACAGGAUACUAGAGAGAAAAAACUCGAGCUUAAGGAAAAAUCACGUUCACCACCGAAGAACAAGUACGAAGAGCACGUAGCGAAAGCAAUCGCCCAAUCGACUGCACCGCCCGCAGCCGCGUACAGGAAAUUCAGCACCGGAAGUGACUCCCGACAAAACGCAGCCUUCAUCCACGCCAAAUCACCCCCUCCACCGCCGGCACGGGGAAUUUCCAAGCGUAAUUCCUGCUCUGAAGAGGAACUGUCGAAGAAGCAAAAAUCUGCCAACCUGGAAGAAGCCAUCAACGAGCUGGAAGCCAUCUACAAGAGCCUACGGCUGAGCGACGAGGAUCUGCUGGACCGGGCCGAGCUGCGCGACGUCCCGACACCAACUUUGUUCAAGAAGAAAACGAAAUCUACCUCCGAGUACGACGACGACGAAGACGAGCGGCGUAAUUCCGAACCGGACAUUCAGCUGGACGACCUCAGCUUCCGUAGCCUGAAGCAGGCGAAUGAAAAAAUCAAAGCCCUCGAAAUUCAACCACCGUUCGGCAUUCCGCUGGGACCGAUUCCACCUUCACCGAAUACCGACUAUUUGAGUGCCCAAGCGGCGAAGCCCUGCAAACCGAGGUUCAUACCGAAGCGUUCGCCGGAUUUGGUAACGGAUGACUUAGCUUUCCGACAGCUACGGCGAGAUAAGGAUCUGCAGCAGAGUGUGGAUCGAGCAAAUUGCUAUACUCCUACGGCAAUGGAUGUUACGGAAGAAAAACCCGUCGCCAGUUUCGUGGAGGAUGUGAAAAAGAAGCGCAACAGUGCCAAGUUGACGUCCAAUACGUUGGCGUCGAAUAUCUACAAUCUGAUUCAAAGGGAUGCCGCGAAACCAUCGGGUGGUAAUCUAGAGGAUUACUAUAAGGCGGAACAGGUUGCUAAAAGUGCGCCGCCGGUGGAGAAGAAAGUGGCGAAGAAGGUUGAACAGCGAGCGAAGAGUGGGUCACCGAAGUUGACCGGCGGAGCGGUUUUCAAUCUACCUUCUACGUUGAAGUCAGUUUCACCGAAAGCCGCUGCACCGUCCUCGGAGGGUAGCAGCACAACUAGCACGCCCACUUCGAAGACGACGAAAACGAGCCCAGUAAUAGUGGGAGCGAAGCACAAAGCUGAGUUUGAGGAUAUUUUGAAUGCGAUUGCACAGGAGGCAAAGAGUACUAGCGAAAAGUUGGGCAUGGAUUUGGCGGAACUCCGGAAGGAAACGAAAUCGGUUUCGAGCGGAACCAGUCCGGAGACGAAACCGAAGAGUAAGAUUGUGGCGGCUCCGAAGGAACCUCCGACCGUUGUGGGGGAAAAUAGGAAAUCAUCGCUGAAGGUGGAAGAAGAUCCGGAUGAGAUGAAAGACGAAGCGACGAAGUAUUGUCAACAAAUGUUGCGCAAUGUCGUUGAGGGUGCGCGGUUGGACGUGGAGCAAAGGGUUCAGGUUCGGGAGAUUGAGGACACUUCGAGUGCGGCAAUGCUUUGUCAUGGAAUGAUCAAUAGAGUGAUUAUGCCGUCGCAGGUGAGUGUCGUGGAAUCGCCGGAGAAGGUGGUGCGUUCUGGUUUGUUUAGAGAUGUGACGCCGGUAGAGGUUGAGGAAGAGGAAUCGUUUGAGACGCUAUCCAAGCGCUGUCAGGAGCAGUUGAGCGAGCUGGAGGAUAUAAAUGAUGGGCAGAAAUCCGCUAUUGAAAGGGAUUAUGAUAAUUUGGUGGAGAGUAUUAAACCUUUGGAGUCCGAUACGGAUAAGAAGUCUACGGAGGAGGAGAUUGACAUUAUUAUGAAAGAGUGUGGUAUCGAGAAUGAUGUGCGAAUUACGAUCAAUUCAGUGCCUUUUCAGGAGACCGACACAACGACUGCAGGGAGUUACAAGCACAGUAAAGAAUCCAGCUUGGAUUUGAGUGAUAUUCACGGGCCUUCCCUGACGCCAACCGAUCCGAAAUCUUCUAGCGAGACGGAACAGUUCCCAAAAUCAUCCGACCUGACGUCGUGCAAUUUUUUAUCAUCUAGCGAUUGUCUGAAGUCGAACAGUGACCGUCGCAAGUCUAGUUCUUCCACUGGAAGUUCUAACGCCACUUCUGCUCUGCCAGUUAAGUCGACAGUGGAGGAAGUGAUGGCUGCUUCAGUGAGUACGGCUCAAACUGAUGCAACGCCAACGUCGCGUGUGUCGCCAUCCGAUGGUGAGUCGCAGUAUAACUCAUCCGAAGAGCUCGCGAUGAUUUUCGGCAUCAAGAGUCCAACACCGACAGGUAAAGGUCAUGAAUGUAGUGCAGAGUCAUUGUUGUGUGCAUCCAAAAAGCAUGGUGUGUCCGCUGCUAUCACUACCAACACCAACACUUCCAACACUAAUACAAAUACAGAUAGUAAUACUAGCGCUAACACUAGAUUUCACGAGGUAGAUAGUUUCUACCGGUCGGUGAGCUUUGCCCACAGUACCCAGCUAGACACGAUCGUCGAGGACUUGCAUGAGUUUGAGCUGGAUGGCUGCGAAAGUGGGGAAGCGGCCGGUGAACCGCAUCUAACGAAUCCGGAGAUAGAAUCAACCACAACUGAUUCCGGAAACGUUAGUCUGACUGACUUCGGCAGUGAGUUUACCGCCGAACGCCGGGUAACCUUCGUCAACGAAAUUCAGAUCGAUACCGGCUAUCGGUACCGGAACGAGAUCAGCAUUCCGGAGAUCUUCGUCGAAGACGUAGAUGGGACUGAGCCGGUGCCCCUAGAGGAAGUGGACGGUACAACAUCAGAAGAACCACCGAGCUGUGCCGAAACGGUUGAAGAUCCGAAGGUAGAGCCUCUGGAGGAGUUCGAGAAACUUACGAAAGAACAACCGCACGUGGAACGUCCUCCGAGUGAUAGUGAUAUUAAUCUGCGGAAACGAACGAACGACAGCGAACGUGACGACCGACCGAGCGGCAGCCAACGACUAAAGCCGACCAAUGGCGGCAAACGCAGCAGUAGUAGCAUCGUACAGCCACAGCAUGUAGUACUAGCAUGCACCUACGGUUUAGCUAAUAGUAAUUUCGAUUAUAUCACCGUUAUUGCUAUCAUUAUCGCCAUCAUCACACUGUUUGCACUGAUGGUUCUAUAAAACAAGCCAACAAAAACUGCUUAAUAGUUUCAAAACAAAAUCGGCUGACACAAAAAAAAACAAAAUUUCAGCACAAAUUAGCAACCCAUGAAACGCUUGCGCAACUUGCUUGAGUGUAAGUUUCGAUAAAUGACGUUUUUCGUUGUUGUUGUUGUUCUAACCCAACCUAGCACACACCGUUUAGAUGUUUGUGAUUUACUUAAUGCAUUAGUCGCGCUUUAAAGUAUGUUUAACGCUAAUCAGGAAAGUAAAAAGGCAAAUUCUAACUACAAAUUAGUAACGACUUGACUGCAAGCAACGUGUGCUAUCCGCAAAAGUGCUACCCUAACCUCAACCAGGUAAUUUCCGUUGAUUGUCAGCGCGAAGGAAACGCGAUCGUGUGCCAUUCUUAUCGUUUAUCGUUGCCGAAACUUUGCGCAAUUUUGCACGCACACGUGCAGAGAAAAAACCCACAUUUUUCACCUUUCAUUUUCACUUUCAUAUUUUAGCACAUAGAAUUGUUUUGCAAUGUUUUCAAUUAAUGAAAUCGCUUCCGUUACCCCGUUGUUUUCAAUACACAGAACUGUCAGUGGACUAAGAAUUUUGGUGUCGUGGCUUACUUUGUGUAGCUUGUUCGGACAAAAAUGUUCCAUGUUUGUUGAGUUCAAUCCAAACCUCUCGCUAACCACAUCUGUCUGUCACACGGCCGCUGUUGGGCACUUCUUCUAGCCGGGGAAUCCGAAUCGAUGCGACACGAAGAUUCCGCCGCCACCGCCUCCAGCGGGUCUAAUCCUUCGCCACCGGCUCUGGAACGGUCCAGGGCGGAUAAUCGGGAUUCCGGAGGAAUCCAAAACCUUUGCUUUUGUUUGCUAUAGAAACACUGCCUUCCCUCCUGCGCUGCGUUGCGUAAAAGGCAAAAAUGUGCACAAGUUUUGUAGGUCAACGCGCGCGAGCCGCUCCUUCGAACCUUCGGUUCGUUUGGGCUGGGUUUGGCACGACAUUCUUCAUCGUUAGAAAGAUAGUUUUCCACUUAUGUAACGUACUGUAAAUUAUGUAAAAUAUUUUUAAGCUGCUACCUACUUGAAGGCUUCGGUUUUUGCUGCAAUUUUCUACCAUUACUUAGCUAUUAGACUGCAUCAUGUGCCAAUGACAAGUUUAUAAUUAAUUAGAAUUAACAUACCUGCUACCUUCGCCCUACUGAGUACUUUUACUUAGCCUUAAUUUCUAAGUUUCGGAAUUCAAACAAACAAAACACAAAACCUAAUUAAACCAUUUCUUUUCCCCCAAACCGGAAUUGUUCUGUUUUUCUUUUAGAUUUUUACUAUAGCUACUAAGUUCUUCACCUGAACGCGUAGGACAAACCGAAUGAGAAAAACAAAUUAAACCGACAUUAUGCCAAAAUAGACAUACAAAGCGAACUGCAACGCCAUUAUUUUACCGUAACCGUUAGGGAGUUCUGAACCAUUGUAAAUGUUGUAGUUGUAUUGUGUCUUCAGCCUCAAACGAAAUAAAUCCCGACCUAGUGGAUCUACCUAAGUGUAAAUAUUACUACCGGUUAGUUCACCAGCAGGCCGAGAUGCUGUGGUAGACCGCAGAUUAAUGUGUACAUAAUAAUAUCCUGUAUUGAUUGUUAAAAAUUCUACCCGGAUAAGAUAGGUUGAGCGCUUACUUACGCCGAACUAUAUGUAUAGAGUAUCUACAAAACUAUUUUCGUUGUAUUUUGAUGGCAGAAAAAAAUAUUUUUAACCAUAUUAAUCGAUUAAAAAUGUGCAGAUUUUACCAUACUAUUGUUACUGCGAAAAAAAACCAUGAAACAAGUUAUGAUAGGUAUAUAACGCUGACAGAUCAACAUCAACAUCAUUACCUUAAAUAGAAAUUAUAUUUUUGUUCUUUGUUAAUUGGUCACUUUGAAUAAAUAAUAAAAAAAUCCUCAAUGUUUUGUUUUAAUCUUAUAAUUUUAGAAAUGUUAUCGGUUUAUUACUCAUCGUUACUGAUGGACAAACACCGUACACAGUUUAGUUUAGUUCCCUUUUGACUAUUAUCAGUGUUUCCGUGAAUGAAUAUUGAUGAGGCUAAGCAAAACGUUUUGUAAUUUUAAAUUUAACGCAAUUGCUUCUUUCUGCGGCGCUUUUUUCACGGCGCAGAACAUUUUCUCUAGUAUCUUCAAGCAUUUGCAUCCGACGCGACAGUAUCCUGUAGUUCGUCUGCUAAUGUUUAUGAAAUGCUCACAUACAUAUAAUCGUUUAAGGCUUCGAUUAGAGGUAUAUUUAUUCAAUACAGUUUUGACAACUGCCUAGCUUUGCUUUCACAAAGCCAAGGUCCGCUUAUCUAUUAUUAGUUUUAAUUAAUUUCACCAA